AUGAGGUUUGCUGUUGAGGAGAUUAAUAAUUCGACAACUCUUUUGCCCAAUGUUUCUCUGGGCUAUGAAAUUUUUGACCAUUGUUCUAACACAAGGAAUUUCCAUUCAGUCUUAAGUUUCAUCUCAAAGAAUGGCUCAGUAAAACCUAAAGAAAAACUCAACAACUAUCAGCCUAAAGUGAUUGCUUUAACAGGACCAUUUGGAAGCCCAAGAGCUAUAACUGUUGCACCACUGAUCACAAUGGACCUUAUACCAAUGGUGAAUUAUGGAGCUUCUAGCUAUGUGCUCAGCGAUAAACUUCUGUAUCCUUCUUAUGUAAGAACAAUUCCUAGCAACAAAGACCUGAUAAAGAUGAUUAUUCACAUCAUACGGUGGUUUGGAUGGAACUGGGUUGCCUUUCUUAGCAGCCAACAGGAUUUGGAUGGACUAAAUCUGUUUAACAAAUAUAUAAGAAAUACUAGCAUUUGUUUGGCCUUUCAAGAGGGUUUGAGCCUAAAUGCAAACUAUAGUCAAACGCUUAAAAAGAUUGAUGAGCUCAACAUCAACGUCAUUGUAAUUUUUGCUUUGCCACAAUAUGCAACCAAAAUGAUCAAAUCAGCCAUAGCAAACAACAUCCAAAACAAAGUAUGGAUUGCAAGUCAACAUUGGGCUAUGAAUAAACAGCUUACAACUGAGCCAGGAAUUGGGAAAAUUGGCACAAUCAUUGGCAUUACGGAGAAACUGUUGUCAUUGCCUGGAUUUAAUGAAUUUGUCUAUAAAGCCAGAGGAACAACUGAUGUUGGCCAUAAUGAUAGAGCUGAGAGUGAAGUCCAGGGGAAGAAUAAGACAUGUAAUCAAGUUUGUGAUUACUGCUCAUUGUUGACUGCAGAGGAGAUUAUAAAUGAAGAUCCCACAUACUCAUUUGCAAUCUAUGCUGCUAUAUAUACCAUAGCUCAUGCAUUACAUAAAGUUCUGCAGUGCGACAUGAAUGAAUGCCACAAAAAUACAAUGGUCAAGCCAUACAUGCUUCUGGGAGAAAUAAAGAAGUUGGAUUUUCUACUCAGUGGGCGUCACAUUAAAUACGAUGACCAUUUUGAUCCAACCAUCAGUUAUGCAAUUGUGCUCUGGCGCACUGAUGUGAAUCCUCCACAGUUUGAGAUGGUGGGCUCAUAUGAGAAACAUCCAGAAAUUACUUUCACCAUGAACAACUCUCUCCUUCUCUGGCAUAACAACGGUUCUGUUCCUUUCUCAAACUGCUCCUUUGAGUGUGAGGCGGGAUAUUCAAGGAAACCUGAAGGUUUUCAUAGUUGCUGCUUUUCAUGUGAAAAAUGCCCACCUAACACCUAUGUGAAUUUUUCUCAGAAUGAAUGGUCUGAUGAGGGCAGCACCACAUGUAAGACACGUUCUGUUGUCUAUCCUCAGUUCACAGAAAUUCCCCCCAUCAUUGUGAUGUUUUCUGCUGCAUGCCUAAUUAUUCUCCUAAUUGCUGUAUUUUGGCUUUUUGCAUACAAUUACAACACACCAGUGGUAAAGUCUGCAGGUGGCAACAUGUGUUUACUCAUGUUGACCAGUUUGAUUUUGUCUAGCAUAAGUGUGUUCUUUUUCUUUGGAAAACCCACAUCUGUAUUUUGCCUCCUGAGAAAUGGCAUAUUAUUUUUUUUCUUCACUGUCUGUAUUUCCUGUUUGAAUGUCCGUUCCUUUCAAAUUGUUUGUGUUUUUAAAAUGGCUGCUCAGUUCCCUAAGGUGUACAGUCUUUGGCUAUGA